GUUUUACCUACCUAUACCAACCAAACAACAACUUCGCCACAACACAAAUAGUUGCCUAGCUAUUCUCCACAAAUCACACGCACUCACGCAUCUCAACACAAUGGCUGCCCCUGCAACAAAGACGAUCGCCGACCUGUCUGGAAAGUGGGUCAUGAACAAGACCCUUUCCGACUCCCCCGAGCCGGCCCUCGCCCUCCAGGGCAUCGGCUGGAUGACGCGCAAGGCCGUCGGCCUGGCUACCGUCACCCUCGACGUUAAGCAGUACACCGCGCUGCCUUCCCCUCCCGGCGAGGGCACCGAGCCCGUCACCCACAUCGACAUUGACCAAUUCGCCACGGCAGGUCUCAAGGGCACCUCGGAGAAGCGCUGCCUCGAUUUCGAGUUCCGCGAGCACUCAGACUGGAUGUUCGGCACUGUCCGCGGCCAGAGCAAGUGGAUGAGCCUCGAGGAGAUCGAGGACGAGUUUCUCAAGAAGGGCUGGCUUGGUGGCGAGGCCGAGGCCACUGGUCCCGACGGCAAGAGCUACGUCUACAGUCACGUCGAGAGCAUUGACAAUGGCUGGACCGCCACCCAGAUCUGGGGCUUCCAGACGGUCGAAGGCGAGAGACGUUACACGCGCAACGUCCUCGUCCAAAAGGGCGGCAAGAGAGUCGAGAUUCGUCUCGUCUACGACUGGCUCCCUUAGAUACAUGUCAUUGCCCUGGAAUGGCUGCACUGAAUAUGGUGGCUCGGGAUGGAUGAAUCCGUCUUAGUUGUGCUUGGAUGACGGGACAGGUGCUGCUAUGCUAUGCACCUACGACGAUAGGAGUGCCUUUCACACCCACGCACGAGGCUAAUGACGCCGUCGCACACAUGAAUGCGACGUCUCCUACCAGGAGUAGACUUUGAGAGCAUGAAUAUCAAUUGAACCCGUCUCGGAACGCCUACUGCCCGUCUAUGAUGAAUUGUGCGCAGCCGCGUAUAACGGCAUAGCAAUGUUGAAUCGUCUGCCUGUCUCCAGCCAUCGCUCAAAUGCUUUUCUUGCUUCACGCGCACCUCCAACGCCUGACUUGAUGCUACCAACCUCUGCCAUUGCGUCGUCGCCUGAGUGGAGAUCUCGUCUCAUUAUCAUUUCCGACUUUUCAAGCCGCUCUUUCACUCAAGCGAACACCGCAUUUCCUUCGUUACUCGUUCC